AGAUUCGCCAGUGGGGAGGGAAAAGUGGUAUGUUGCAAUACACUGAGAACUAUACACUGAGGUCAGAUGCUUUCUGGGCUGGGCACGUGAUCCCUAGAUAAAAGUAUAAAGAAAGAUGUGGGAGAAGGGCUGCUCAACUCAGAAGUUUCUCAGACUCUGGAGGGAAGAGAACACAGAGGAAAAACAGAAAAAAAAACCCCGGAUAACACAGAAGCAGGAGGGAAAACAGAACCAUGGCAGAGAGAACAACUCAAGAUCUGUCUGAAGCGCUGAAGGAAACCACCAAAGAGGUGCACGAGCAGGCAGAGAAUACACAGUUUAUGAAGAGUUUCCAGAGAGGGAAGGUGUCACUUCGGGAAUUUAAGCUGUAUUUAGCUUCACUGUACUACAUCUAUUCAGCUCUAGAGGAGGAAAGUGAGAGGAAUAAGGACAACCCAGUGUACGCACCUGUUUAUUUCCCAGCUGAAUUGAAUCGCACUGCUGCCUUGGAGAAAGACUUGGAGUAUUUCUAUGGACCUACAUGGAGAUGGGAGAUCCAGUGUCACGAGGCAACUCAGAAGUACGUAGACAGACUUCAUCAUGUAGGCCAGCAUGAACCCGAGCUCCUGGUGGCUCACGCUUACACCCGCUACCUGGGAGAUCUCUCUGGGGGUCAGAUUCUGAAGAAGAUUGCACAGAACUCUCUUCAUCUCCCCAAAACUGGAGAAGGCCUGACUUUCUUCAGCUUCCCUGGAAUCACCAACAUCAGCAAGUUCAAGCAACUCUAUCGAGCUCGGAUGAACACGAUCCCCAUGGACGCAGCGACUGAGAAGAGAAUUCUUGAAGAGGCUGAGAAAACUUUCCAGCUGAAUAUAGAAGUGUUUGAGGAACUGCAGAGGUUGAUAACUAAAGGACAGCCAUCAGCAAAUGGCAGCGCUUCACAACCAAAGCAGGAGCUUCACACAAGAGGAGUCAACAGAGCACACAGUACAGUUGCCACAGCGGAAAAUGACCAGACACAGAUGCAGCAUAGGAACAUGCUACCCAGCACACCACUCCUGCGCUUGGUCCUUGCACUUUUCUUCGUAGGAGCAACACUGGCUGUGGGCUUGUAUGCUUUCUGAACAGAGAGUACCUCAAGUGUUUUCCAUCCAGCACUUGCCUUUUCCAAAACUGACUGAUCUUUCCCUUGUGGAGGAAAGUCUUGCUUUGAUUCCUCAGCCUACGGUGCUCUGAGCAUGACCAUUUCCCUCUCAUUAACAAUAUAGACUAUUUCAUGAAUAGUUUUCAAAGAAUGCAAGCAUUUUUGUUGGAAACAUUUCUCUUAAUCAUCCUGAAAUGCCAUGAUCUGGCAGGCCUUCAGACAAGAAGACUCAAAGACAAACGGAUGACUUGUCAGGAGAGAGAAAGCUGGUUGCCCAGUGUUUCUUUAAUGCAGAUGUCUAAUCCUAUGUUGCUUGCUUCUCUUGGUGCUGAAAUGCAAGAUGUUGUUUCAACCAGUUUAAAACUUUAUAUUUCUGGGGGGAAAUGAAGCCAGCAUCUCAAUAAUCUUGCUAAAAUCUUGUAUUUGUCUUCAUAAUCUAUACCAGUGAUGGCGAACCUUUUCGAGACCAAGUGCCCAAAUUGCAACCCAAAACCCACUUAUUUAUUGCAAAGUGCCGGCAAUUUAACCUGAAUACUGAGGUUU